AUGAGUUUCAUAGACAAAAUUAAGCAGCAAAGGAAUAAACUAAGAGGGACAACAACAGUCAUAACUAAUGUUGAUGGUAAGCGGUUUCUAGUGACAAACGCUGAGACUAAACAAAUUGGUGAAAAUAGAUAUGGCUUUGUAGUGGACACGGAUCCAGAUGAUACACCAGCUCUUAUAUUAGAGCAUCUGUAUAUAGGAUCACAAGAUUGUGCAAUAGACAAUAUAUUACACACACAUAAUAUAAAGCAUGUCUUGAGUCUAGGAGUGGAUGUGAAUGUUUCUGUAAAUAAUAAAAAACUAGAUAUUUUAGAUUUACCAGACUCUAAUGUAGUGCCUGUGUUAAAGGAGAGCUUACCGUUUUUGAAGGAGGCAAUAAAGAGAAAGGAGAAUGUACUAGUCCAUUGCAAUGCAGGUGUAUCUCGCACGUCCUUGGUUGCAAUUGGAUAUUUGAUGCAAUAUGAAGGAAUGUCUUAUGAAGAGGCGCAUGCUUUGGUUAAAAGCAAAAGACCAGCUAUACGGCCCAACGACGGAUUCAUUAAGCAACUGCGUUGUGUGAUACCUGGCGCAUUCUUGUAG